GGCCCAUGCCCACACCAUCGCGACACAGCACCGACCUCACCUCUCGCACAGGUCGCAGCAGAGCAGCCGCUGGCUCGCUGGCCGUCGCAUCGGAGGAAGAAGAAGAAGAGGGGGAGCGGGAGGCGUCCUCUCUCUCUCUCUCUCGAUCCACCACCACCCAUGGCGGGGGAAGAAGGGGAGGACGAGGCGGCGUCGAUCGAGCUGCAGCUGGAGCACCACCUACAGGAGCAGCGGGCCUCCCUCACCGCCGUCGACGAGGCCCUCGCCGCCGACCCCUCCAACGCCGACCUCCUCGAGGUCCAUGAAGAACUUCUUGCUGCAAUUAAGGAUGCAGAGGAGGGACUUCUCCAUUUGAAACGCUCUAGACUAGUAAAGCAAAUUGAUGAGAUAUUUCCUAACCAAGAGCCAACAUCUGAAGCACCUGAAGUAGCUGUUGAUCCACCCGAUGAUGUUGAGCCAGAACCAUUGGAGCCACAGGAAUUUUCAGUUGGAUCUAAGUGUAGAUUCAGGCAUAAGGAUGGGCGCUGGUAUAAUGGAUGUGUUAUAGGACUUGAAGGCUCAAGUGAUGCAAGGAUCUCAUUUCUGACUCCUACGUCUGAAAACAUGUCGAUGUGCAAGUUUUUUCUCCAGCAACGAUGUCGGUUUGGUAGUAACUGCCGCUUGUCCCAUGGUAUUGUAAUUCCUAUUCUGUCCCUGAAGCAAUUCACUCCGACUAGAUGGCAGCAGUCCUUGGUAGGAUCCAGCAUACUGGCUGCUUCUGGGCAUCAUUCUGGCCUUUGGAGACGAGCUGAACUUGAGUCAUGGGAUGACGAUCUGAAAGUUGGCCAGGUUGUUUUUCAAGAUGACGGGAGCUCUGCAAGGCUUCCCAGUGAUUCUCUUUCAAUCUCAGAAUAUGCUGAUGAGAGCGAUGAAGAUGGUGAAGGAAGCUCAAGUGAUGAAGGAUCUGAUUUUAGUGAGGAUGGAGAUCAAGAGGAUGAAUCUGUUCAUCAGGGUCUAGGCCUUUUGGAAUCCAAAAAUUUAAGUGGUGUUCAGACAGAGACUGCGAUCUUUGCAAAGUGGGAGCACCAUACCAGGGGCGUUGCCUCCAAAAUGAUGGCAAAAAUGGGGUACCGAGAGGGAAUGGGUCUAGGUGUUUCUGGACAAGGCAUGCUUGAUCCAAUCCCAGUUAAGGUACUACCCCCAAAGCAAUCUCUUGAUCACGCUGUGGCUGCAAGUGAGGUUAAUGAUAGUGUAGGCCCUGGAAAAAAACGCAGUCGGGGUGGGAAAAGAAAGCGUGAGAAGAAGUUUGCUGAACAGGCAAGGGCUGCUAAAGCUGAAGAAGAAGAGAGGUCUGUCUUCAGCUUUAUCAAUAGCCAACUAGUGGGUCAAGAUGUUGCAGAAGGCUCAGCCGUGAAAUCUAAAAAGGAUUCAUCCGGUGAGGCAAAUGGACAUGCCAAGAAGGAAGACAGAAGAUCCUUGCUUGCAUACGAUGACGAAGUGAAAGAACUGAGGAGCCGUGUUGAGAAGCUGGAGGAAAUGAUGAAGCGAAACCGCAAGGACAAGGCAUUCUACGAAGCAGCUUCAAAGAAAUUGAAACAAACCCGAAAAGCUCUAGCUGAUGCUGAAGCAACGCAUGCUUCGGCAACCAACGCGGUUGCUAGAAAGGAGAAAGAGAAGAAAUGGUUAAAAUUCUAAUGUCAAUUUUCGAUGCAGUAUCAAUUAGCAUCUGCCAGUCAAUCAAUAUCCAUUUUGAUACCUGAAGGUUGUCGUGGCAUGCGACUUCAGAUUGCUUGUUCUUUCAUGCCUUAUACAGUGUGAUCUGUGGCUGUAAUGUUUUAGGAGCUCUGUUGUAGGGAAAAUAUAGGAUGUGAUAUCUAGUUUGUCCGCCAGAAGUUCAGGACCAUAUUGUUUCGAGUUCUGAACUCACAAACUUAUGCUCCCUAUUGUCAUUUUGGUACCUAUUCUGCCAGAAGCUGACGAUGAUGUGUGUGUUAUUAUGGUCCCGUUCGAAAGUGAUGAUCAGAUACAAUUGAUCAUGCUCCA